AUGACUGAUAGAAGGAGAAUCAAUGGGCCGCCUGGCGGCACGAGGCCUGCGAUCUUUGCCUCGUCUCUCGACUCCGCCUCUACGGCUACCGCAAGACCGCAGCGUCAAAGGCAGCCGAAUGAUCUUCGGAAGAUAUUUCUGAAAACCGGCUUGAUCCCCUCCGCGUCUGGGUCCGCAUACCUUGAAUUUGAACCUUCAGCCUCUCUUGCCGCCGCUCGAUCCUCCCCUCAGUCUCUUAUACCGCCGUCGUCCGCACUGAAGCUCGCAUGUACAGUACAUGGGCCGAAGCCACUUCCGCGCUCAGCUACCUUCUCGCCCAACCUAGUCCUCACAACCCAUGUUAAAUAUGCCCCGUUCGCCGCGCGGAGGCGGAAGGGCCAUAUCCGCGAUGCCAGCGAACGCGACCUCGGGGUGCACCUAGAGACCGCUCUUAGGGGUGUGAUUGUCGCCGAGCGAUGGCCCAAGAGUGGACUAGAUAUCACAAUCACAAUCCUCGAGGCAGAAGACGACCGUUGGUGGGGGGAUGCUCCGGAUUCGCAUGACUCCCCUUGGGGCAUGCUGAACGUGCUUGCCGGGUGUGUAACGGCCGCAUCUGCAGCCAUAAGUGAUGCUCGAAUCGACUGUCUUGAUCUGGUGGCCGGAGGAGUGGCUGCUUUGGUCUCUGACGAAUCGGAGGAAGGGAAAGAUGCCAAACCGAAAUUGAUGCUGGACAUGGACCCGGCAGAACACAAAGCCAUUGUCUCGGCAUGUGUUGUUGCAUACAUGCCUUCUCGCGACGAGAUUACGGAACUCUGGCUGAAGGGAGACAGCUCGAAAGCGUCCCUUGCAGCCGACGACAAACGCCUCGCUCAUGAUGCCUUGAUCGAUGGCGCCGUAGAUGCGGCUCGAGGAGCACAUACGGUCCUAGCGGAAGCUGUCAGAGAGUCUGCCAUGCGUUUUGCUGGUCUGACUUCGGGGGACAAUGCUGCUUAA